ACGUCUCUUUCGCUCUUUUACCAGUAAUGGUGAUAGAAACAGCAACGUCUAAGAUUGUGCUUAUUAUCAUACUUAUAUUUCAUACUUCAUUCGAAAAUGUCAAUGUAAAAUCUAAGUGCUUCAAUUUCCGGCGGAACCAGAAUGAAGAUAGUUUUCGAACAACUAGGGCCAUACUCUCCAUCAAAAUGUACAACGGAAUCGGGCUGCAGACAGCCCGAGGGUCGGGUACAAAUGGAUAUGUACAGAGAAAUAUGGCUUUGAUCCGCAACACAAAGAACAAGAUUGACUUUCGGACAGAAGAGGAGCUGCAGAAGCUAGAGGAUCAGAGGACCCGUGGUCCAAAUGCAGAGAUACGAGAACAUGCCCGCAAGAGAGCUCUGGAACUGAAAUGUGCUGAGAUGGAGGAUGUGAUGAGGGAGCAGGGUGUGCGAGAGACUCACGCAGUAGCGGAGGCCCAGCAGGAGAAGAACUCCCGGCUGAAGGAAGCUUUCGGCAUCUCGGAGUACUUUGUGGAGGGGUCGUCCUUGGACCCCAACCGCAAGGCCAAGGAGGAGGUGGCCCGGGCCGCUGCCGAGAAACAGAAGGCGUCCGUGCUCGAGGGGCAGGCGGCCGAGGUCGGGAAGAGGUACGGCUGGGUGCACACCCCCUCCCCCUCGCCCGAGCGGUCGGCGAAGAAGGACAAGAAGGACAAGAAGAAGAAGAAGAAGAGGAGCAGGGACAGGUCUUCAAGUGCUGAGUCUCGUAAAAAGCACAAGUCGAAGAAGAGCAAGCGCAGCAGGAGCGAGUCACCUAAGCGCAAGAAGCGAGAUAAGAAGAAGAAAAAGGAAAAGUCAAAGAGGCGCCAUCGCUCCUCGUCCACCUCCUCCUCAAGUUCGUCCUCGUCCUCCUCCUCGUCAUCGAGCUCUGACUCUGAUAGUGCCGUAAGGAGCAAGUCCAGCAAGCGCAGGCGUUCGCGCAGUCCCGCAGCCCAAAGGGACUCAUCAGAGUCUCGGCGCAAGAGAAGCAGAAGUCGUGAGAAGUCUCGCAAGAAACCACACCACCGCGCAGAGAGCUCACCAGAGGCUCAGCGAUCUCGCUCCAAGAAGCAGCACAGCUCAGACGUUGACUCGUCUCCAGACCAUCGUUCUGCGCGACACCAAGAUGUCCAACCUUCCAACCAACAGACAUCCAGAGACAGUCCUAGAGAUGGAGCAAGGGGGAGAGAAGGCCAGAAAGAGAAGGAAUGGGAUAAAAAGAAGGAGAGUGUAUGUAGCACCUCAGGCUUGUCUGAGGGUGAUCAGGGUCAAGCUAGGACUAAAAGAAAAAGUAGAAGUAGAAGUAGGACCACAAGUGGAGAUCAGAAGCAAGCCUCACCAAAAGGGCCAGCAACUUUGCAAGUUCUUAAUGCAAGUCAAGAGCAUGAGGUCUCAGAGAAAGGCACUAAGCCAGAGGUCUAUUGCAAUGAGAGAUCAAACAGCCGUGACUUGAGCUAUUCCCCUAUACAGCGUGAACCGCAGAGAUAUGUGAUAGGCACCGACCCACAAAAGGUGAGGUCAGGGUCCCGUUCUGUGAGCAUGUCGCCAAAGAGAUUGAAUGUUAGCCCUUCCUGUGGAUCAAUACCUUUGCCAAAAGUAGGUAGUCCAAGUAAAGUGGGAUUAGGAGAUAAAAGUAGCCCAAAAUGGAAUCAGAAUCAGACAGUGUCUAAAGUCUUAGAAACCAAUGAUGUCCUGAGAAGACCAGGUGAACUGGUCAGUGUCCGGGCCAUUGGACCUCAGGAGUUACCAAGACUUCCACAAAAUGGGCGGCACACAGGAAGACCCUCUGCAAGCAAAUCACCAGCACCUCACACAAGUGGGGUGACAGCAGCUUCACCAACCCACAGCAGGUACUCCAGAAGCUCCAGCAGAGGGAGAUCAUCUUCACGUAGCACUCGCAGCUCACGUUCUCCGUCUUCAUCAAGGUCCCGUUCACCAUCACCACGCUCACGGUCACCUACUUCUCGCUCGAGAUCCCCAAGGUCUCGUUCUCCACAUUCCCGGUCUAGAUCACACUCCCGUUCAAGAUCCCGUUCCCUGAGAUCACACUCAAGAUCUCGCUCGUAUACAAGGUCAAGGUCUCGUUCGAGGUCCAGAUCAAGAAGAAGUAGGUCCCGGUCUCGGUCACGAUCCUAUGGCCACUACAGUAGAUCGGCCUCGCGUUCAAGAUCCAGAACGAGGACCAGGUCCCGUUCAAGGUCACUCUCCAUCCCAAGGAGGAGAGGAUCGCCUUCCUUUCUUGACAAGAGAAGGAUAACAAGGUUAGUAAUACAUGGAACAAAGAUGCCUGUACCUAAUGCCAGAAAAUUAUAUGUUGGUCUCUCCCUUUGUUCAUCCUUAAAAAAGAAAAUGUGCCCGAUACAGUACUGCACAUGUCUUUGUAUAUGCAUCCAUUCCGUAUUGUAUUGUCUUAUCUAAUUUAAUUCAUAUUUUGUAGGAUUGCAAGUUACCACUUUAGUAUCAGUGUAUUAUUUUUAUUUUAUAUUUGAUACAUUAUGUUUCAAAAUAUUAUUUUUUAUUUUCCCUUCUUUUAAAUUAUAGCAUUAUUGACUUUAGGAAAUUG